AUGUUAAAAUCGGGUAACGAACAAAAGUCGUCCAAAAAGCUGAACCGGAAGCACUUUUUGCUUUCGAAAUUCUUCCCCCGCAAGUCGGCGAAGGUCAACUCGGAGAAGAAAGCAAAAGAGAAGGAGAAAGAAAAAGAGCAAGACAAUGACAUCUGGACGAAACGGCUCGCAACGACGUCGAUGCUCGAGCAACCGCCGUCUUCUCAAGAGCGCCAGCGCAAGGAUAAGGUCGCCCGCGGCGAUAAGUUCGAGCGGAUGAAGCUGAAGAAGGACACGCUGAUCGACAACGGCAGUAAUCGAUAUCGAGUUGUUCAUCUACUGGGCGCCGGCGGUUUCGGCGACGUCUACAAGGUGAGGCAGGAAGGGACGAGCAAGGAAUUUGCGAUGAAAACGGAGAUGAACGGCAUCGACAACCCGGAUUUCAUGCGCCUUUCCAUCGAAUUAGAGGUGCUGACUGCGUGCUCGGCUGUGAAAGAUCCAGGACGCAGAUUACGAUUCGUUCCGCUGAUCGACAAGGGAAAAGUUAAGCAAUUUAAGUACAUUAUCAUGGGCCUCGUCGCGCUGUCGUUGGACGACUUACGGCGCAAAUGCACCAGCGGAAACUUUAGCCCUUCAACGGCCCUUCAAGCCACCAUGCAAACGAUGCAGUCGAUCUGGGACCUGCAUGACAUCGGCUUCAUCCACCGUGACAUCAAGCCGGGGAAUUUUGCCUGCGGCAUCGGCAACUAUCAAUCCCUCAUCUACAUUCUCGACUUUGGCAUCAGCCGACGGUUUCGGCAACGGCCGAGCGGUGAAACAAAAGACCGAUUCUGGUGCAAAUUCAUCGGCACCGUGCGGUUCGCGUCGCGCAACUGCCACAGCAACAUGGAGCAGUCGCGGAAGGACGAUCUGGAGUCGUGGAUCUACAUGGCCGUCGAGCUGUUCGAUCUGUCGGCGCUCCCCUGGCGCAACAUCACCACCGACCGGCAACGCGUCAAGCAGCUCAAGUGCCAGUUCUUCCAGCUGACUUGUCCUCCCCGCGUCUUCGCCGCUUUUCCAUCCGAAUUCUCACGCAUCAUACAGUACGUCGACAAGCUGCAGUACUCCGACGGCGAGCUGAAGCGGAUCGCCGUCGAGCGCAAGAUCAACGUCGCCCUGCCGCUCGACUGGGCGGGCAAGCUGACCGACAAGUUGUUGGCCAGCCGCGCAUCGCCGGUGGAGCCCACGCCAUUGGCCAUUCGGCCUCAGAAGACGCAGGUCGACAUCGAGGAAACGUCGGAUGAGGAUGAGGAUCCGUUUGCCAACAAGCUGGAUGAACAAUCGACGAAUGCAGUCGGUGCCGCGUUCCGGAAAGCCCGAAUCGAAAGUAUCGCAAGGCCGCGCGCAUACAUGAUGACGGUGGCGCUGGUGCUGAUCAACGCGAAUCGAGAGACCCAC